CUCAUCGAGUGCAGCUUUCCCUUCGCCGAGGCGCACGCCGCAUUUCAGCAUCUGCGCAAGGGCGCCAUGGGCAAGGUGGUGAUUCGCUGCAGCGACUGAAAGGGCAGCCAGGCGUGGCAUUCGCGGCCGCUUGUGACCUCGCAAUAGCCUAUGCAUGACCCAAGCAGCAUCAGGAACGCGGCUCGCUUGCGUUGCGAGACGGCCUCCGCCCGCCGAGGACAGGGAGGCGCAGGAGAGGCCGGCCUGCCGGUCGCCGGCGCACAGGCCCCCUCUUUUGCACUCUGCCGCUAAAGCGAGGUCAUUCGGGCGGGCAGCCGGAUCGAGCAUGCUGACACGAAUCAGCGGCCAAGAUAGGCAUUGCAGCGAGGCGAUCGGGCAUUUGCAGUGUGCGUGCGAGAGGCGCCGUCAAGUCGAGUCAGAGCAGAGCUGCAGCGUCAGAGCGCAGAGGAGAGGCGCGGCCCGAGGUGUUGCUGUGCAUGCGCUGGCGCGCGGCGCUUGCGGAGCCUGCGCGCGGGCCGGACGGCUUGGCACGCACGCCGCGCGCCGCCUGUCUCCGCUCGGCGCGGGUCAGGGUGUCGUGCGACACGAGGCCGCGUGCGCAGCAGCGCCUGGGCGCCCCUCUCUCCCUCUCACCACCACCCCUCACUUCAGCCACACCCACCCGCACACCUCCCCACCAUCACCAUGGCCUGCCCCUGCAAGAACGGCACGUCCGCCGACUGCACCUGCGCCAAGGGCGCGUGCCAGUGCAGCGCCGACGAGUGCUCCUGCUCCAACUGGUGCGUGCGCGCGCGCUGCGCGUGGCGCCUCCCGCGCGUGGCCUCAUUGCAGACGGUCAUCGAGUGGAGCAUGCGCCGCUGACACUCCUGCCUCGUCCUCGUCUUGCACAGCCCCAAGAAGCAGCAGCAGAAGUCCUGCUCGGCCAGCUGCACGUGCGGCGACUCGUGCUCGUGCGCCGCCGGUGCCUGCAAGUGCUAGGCGCCUCUCGCACGCCGUCCCUGACGCACUGUGAGUAUGGCGAGAGCUCGACAGAAACAGGGAAGCGGGAAUGGUGCAGGGCUGUAUGACUCUUGCUGCUGCGUUGCCUAGCGCACCUUGCCUGGUGCUGCUUGGUCUGGACGCACCCCCUGCUGCUGCGCGCUCCGUGUCCUCACCGUCGCCCUUCUGACACCGGUCCGCCGCAGGCCACGGCUUAACUCCCUUCUCGACACAUGCAGGCGCCAGUGGACCUGAUCGUCCGCGCUCGUCUGCUUCCGUGACCAAUGUCAGCCUAUAUCCCUCUCUGAGUCUGUGUGUGGC